AUGAUUAUAUAUGUACUUAAGAUUUCUAGAAUUGUUGGUCUUAUACCAGAUCGAGCAGGGCAUGUAGCAGUAAUAGUUGAAAAUAAACUCGUUUUUAUAGGAGGUUCUCAUUUUAUUUUGCCUACGAAUCCAAUUCGAAGCCCAAUUAGAUUAUAUGACUUGUCGGAUGAAGUUUUUUACCUGGAUCUCUCGUCCCAAUUCUACACUAGUAGCCCUCCAUAUAUUGACCUUUCUAAUACUUCUGCACGAAUGAAAUUCGGAAGCGAGAAAGGUACGGCAGUACUUGGAGAAGCUAGUGGUAAUAAAGUGUAUCUCAUUGGAGGAAUGCAGCAAAAUCUCACACGGCUUAGUGAAGUGGACAAUAAUAUAACCAUAACUUUAAACCAAACGUUAAUGAUAGAAGAAAUAAGUAAAACAUAUAACAUGACAGAUCAAUUCGUUUUCUUUUACACACUAUUUGGAAAAUCUUGGUCAUAUCCUUUGAACUACAAAGGAACGUCACCAACUAGACGUAGAUCAACCUCAACGGUUAUAGAUCAGAAUGGAAUAAUAUAUAUAUUUGGAGGAAGAGUCCAAGUAGACACAGGGUCACCUACAUUCGUCUGCUACAAUGAUUUAUAUACCCUUGAUACAGUAUUGUUAUCAUGGAAUAAGAUUAACGCAGUAAAUGCUCCUUCACCUCGAAGUCAUGCUGCCCCAGUACUUCUUCCAAAUGGUAAGAUUCUAUACAUUGGUGGCGUCUCUCAGACUGAACCUGGCGUGGAUGCGGACUUAAUAGAUAUGAAUGAGAUCCCAAUAUUUGAUACAAUUUCUUCGACUUGGUCAUAUAAGUAUGCAAAUCAGUCUAUUCGUAUUCAACCUCGAUUAGGACAUACAGCAACUUUGACACCAGACAAUAAUGAAAUUUUAAUAAUAGGCGGAAAUACAAAUUAUCAUUACAACUUUACCAUUACUUUUCCAAUUUUUGUGUCGUUAAAUAUCACAAAAGAGCCUUACGAAUAUUCCGAGCUAGUUACUUCUGGUGAAAAACCACCGCCAAUAGCAUUUCAUACUGCUAAUUUAUAUCAGAAUUAUCUUUUCAUUGCUUUUGAUAUUAAAUGCAAAACAUGGGCUACUACUUUUACACCUGGUAUAUCAAUUUGUAGCAAUGAAUCGAGUAACGGAUCGAGAAGUGGAUCGAGUAGUGGAUCAAGUAGUGGAUCGAACAUUAAUAUUGUUAUUCUUGUUGGUGUUGGUGGGUUUGCUCUAUUCUGUUUCUUCAUUGGUUUAGCUUGUUAUUUAUGGAUAAAAAACAAAGAUAUUCCAAGGCUAGACGGACGUGAACAACCUAAGUGA